UUGUUUAACUCAAAGACUUGCCAUCUGGUCCUUGGCGCUGGUGCUCGAAUAGUUGCUGACCUGACAACCAUCUCGGCAAGGAACCUGGCCCUGACUUGGCGGAGUUUAGAGCUUGUAAAUCGAUGCAUUCCUUUGUUACAGAAGAAUUUCACCAGAUUCGUCCCUACCAUUGAACCAUUUACUUCAGACAGGAGUCCUCGUGGUUCGGACCCUGGCAUUGACUCAAUAGAACUGAGUCGACAAAGUUCGCUACCUGACCGUGGUCGCCGUCGUAUCCAGCAGAUACCUUCCCUCUUGCCAGUCGCUUGGCUCUAUAGGUCCGAUAAUUAA